AUGGUUUCUGUGCCACAAAUUCAGACAAUUGAGUUUGUGUCUAAGAACAACAGUGGUAAAGGCGUGUCAUAUGAUCAUCUGAAACUUAUAGUAAUCCAGGACGAGGCCACUAGAAAUCAGGUGAGUAGUGGUGGUGUGAAUGAGGCUAGAGCGGCUAACUUAGCUCGGUCUGAUAACAGGCGAUGCUAUGAGUGUCAAGCUUCUGGGCAUAUUGGUGCGAAUUGCCCGAACAGAGGUGAAGGCACACAGUGUUAUAACUGCUUACAAUUCACUGAUCAUAUUGCAGCUAAUUGUCCUCACCUAAUGAAGCUUGAAAAGAAACAUGAUCAGUACAAAACCAGCAAAUAUAACAAUUCACAUUCUCGAGGUAGAAAUUAUAGAGGUUAUGGUCGAAGGCGCGAUUUGAAAAGACAAAAUAAUAAUGAUGCAAGAUCUAGCGAUUCAAAAAGAGGUCGGUAUAACAACUACAGAGGCAGAGGCAGAGGUAGAGGCAGAAAUAAUUAUAAUAACAAAAAUAAUCGCAAUGAUAACACCGGGAAUAAAGGAAAUUCCACUAAGCAAGCAAAUCAGCAAAGCAACGAGAAUGCAGCAGGCGAGAAAAAUACCAACAAAGCUAAGGAGAAUUUCGUAGAUAUAAAGGAUAGCUGCUUAUCACAUGUUCUUGCUGCGAAUGAUGCGUUGAACAUCGAAGAUGUAGACACUAAUACUGUGUAUACACCUCCAGAACUGAUUCACAAAUAUAAAAUUUAA